AUGAUUGUAUCGUUUGAAGAGUCAAUAUUUGAAAGUGCAUUGAAAAGUACUCUAAAGAGUUACAGUCAAAGCAAAGAUAACUCGGAGGACAACAAAAAUGGUAUCAAUGGUACCGAAGAUGUUCCCAAAACUGCUGAAGAGUUGAGUGUAGAUAAGGAACAGAUUAAAAGAAUACCUAUUUAUAUUAAUAUGGAUUAUAGGGUUGACUUCUAUUAUAAGCAACAAUGGCUGGCAAUGAAACCCGAUUGUCAAAUGUAUAAGAAUUCAAUGAUUGGUAGAAAUAUAAGUCUUGUAAAUGUCAGUCAAAGUGAUAAACUGAUUAUCAAUAAGGAGUACUUCACGCUAUUCUGGAUUCCAGAUAUUAUGAUCUCAAAUGCUAAAGAAGUCAAACAACAAUCAGAACUCAUUGAAACAAUUCUUUUGCAAAUACAUUUUGUCGGCAAUAAUAAUGAAGACUGUUAUAUGGAGUAUUUGGGCCGAUAUUACUCGAUAGUCUCGUGUCCGAUGGACUUUCGUGACGUACCCAUUGAUCUCCAGAAGUGCUCCAUUCAAAUGAGGAGCUUUGCAUUCAAUGAGGACAGAAUACAACUUAAUUGGUCCCGAAAUGUUGAAUUCAAUCCCGAUCUUAGACUUCUUGAGCACGAUUUUGAGAUAACUCAAGAAAGAAUAACUACCGAAAUAUUUAAAGAAACCUAUUCGCUGUUAAAAAUUAAAAUAGAAUUUCAGCGAAAAAUAGCCAACAAAUUAGUUGGAAUAUAUACUCCAAGUUUUAUCAUUGUUUUGAUCACAUUUUGCACGUUUUGGUUGGGAAUCACUGCUGUAUCUGAAAGAGUUACCAUUGGUAUCACAGCUUUGUUAGCAUUGGUCACACAGUUUAACGAAGUGCGACAAUCACUGCCACCCACUUCUUACACAACGGAAAUUGAUCACUGGAUGAUAAUGUGUAUUGUUAUGGUGGCCGCACAGCUGGUCCAAUGCACUAUUGUUGACUUUGUCUAUCAUCGACAACAACAUCAACUUAAGGUCAAGAAAACACAGAUUGAUGUUAUCAAUCGAUUUAGGAAAUCAGCGCAAAACAAACAAAUCGGUGGCAAAGGACUAAAAGCUAAAAAAUGGCUUAAUUUAAAAGUUAAUGCAAACCGAAAGCCAAACUCUUGGGACGAUAUGUUCAAAACUAAAGCAGCAGUUUAUAAGCCGCCUAACAAUGACAACAACAAUAACUUGAUUGUUAACAAAUUAUCCAAAAUAAUGGGUAAAUUAUUAUCAGUACCGGUAGGACCUGAUAAGUCUGAAUACCUACCGAUGCGCAUCGAUGCCGUUUCACGGAUAUUGUUUCCGAUGACAUUUGCAAUUAUUUGCAUAUUUUAUUGGCCAUUAAUGUUGUCGAAAGCUUUUUAA